AGGGCUUCAGCUGGGCAGGGCCAGCUGUUAAUCCUGCAGGCGGACACCGGGGCGGGGGGGCAGAUGCGGCAUAUAGGUGGCUUCCGCUGGUGAGAAACACCUAGCGCAGGUAAAAGGGAGGCGGCGAAAGGGAGUUCCCACCUGUUGCGUUCUUAGAGAAAUGAAGACUUGAGAAAAUACCAAGGAGGGGCCGAUCGGUGUCUUUCGGACGCGCCUGGAGCUCCACCCUCGGCCAGAGGGAAAGACCCUUGGGUGAGAGGCAGGAGCUUCAGAGAAAUCGAGAAGAAAAGCGCCUCUCCUCGCCCUGCACCUCUUUCGCCUCACACUCUUGCGCACCAGCCUGUACCCGGCCGCGGCCCCUGUGCCCGCCGAGUCCUCGCAUCCCGGCCUCCGGGUGCCUCGGCAGCCGACGUGUCCCCAAGUCCUCCCAUGGCGGCAGCCCGACCCACGAGCUCCGGGAGCGGGGCCCUCUGCCGGCUAGUCCUGCUGACCCUCACGAUCUUAAUAUUUGCCUGUGAUGCCUGCAAAAAAGUGACACUGCAUGUUCCCUCCAAACUAGACGCUGAGAAAUUUGUUGGCAGAGUUAACCUGAAGGAAUGCUUUAAAUCUGCAAAUCUAAUUCGUUCAAGUGAUCCUGAUUUCCAAAUUUUAGAAGAUGGUUCAGUCUAUACAAAGAAUGCUAUUCUUUUGUCUUCAGAGAAGAGAAAUUUUACCAUAUUACUUUCCAACACUGAGAACCAAGAAGAGAAGAAAAUGGUUGUCCUUUUAGAGCAUCAAACAAAGGUACUAAAGAAAAGACAUUCUAAGGAAAAAGUUCUAAGACGUGCCAAGAGAAGAUGGGCUCCUAUUCCUUGUUCAGUGCUAGAGAAUUCCUUGGGUCCUUUCCCCCUUUUUCUGCAACAGAUUCAAUCUGACACAGCCCAGAACUACACUAUCUACUAUUCCAUAAGGGGGCCUGGAGUUGACCGAGAACCUAAAAAUUUAUUUUAUGUAGAGAGAGAUACUGGAAACCUGUAUUGCACUCGUCCUGUGGAUCGUGAGGAGUAUGAAUCUUUUGAGCUAAUUGCCUUUGCAACAACUCCGGAUGGGUAUACUCCAGAACUUCCACUGCCACUAGUAAUCAAAAUUGAGGAUGAAAAUGAUAACUACCCAAUUUUUACAGAAACAACUUACAUGUUUACAGUUUCUGAAAAUUCCAGAGUUGGUUCUACUGUGGGACAGGUGUGUGCAACUGACAAAGAUGAACCUGACACGAUGCAUACGCGUCUGAGGUACUCCAUCAUCCAGCAGUUGCCAGCAUCACCCACCCUAUUUUCUAUGCAUCCAACUACAGGCAUGAUCACCACGUCAUCAUCUCAACUAGACAGAGAGUUAGUUGAUAGAUACCAGUUGAAAAUAAAAGUACAAGACAUGGAUGGUCAGUAUUUUGGUUUGCAAACUACUUCAACUUGCAUCAUUGAUAUUAAAGACGUGAAUGACAACUUGCCAACAUUCACCCGUUCUUCUUAUGUGGCAUCAGUGGAAGAAAAUACAGUUGAUGUGGAAAUCUUACGUGUUACCGUUGAAGAUAAGGAUUUAAUUAACACUGCUAAUUGGAGAGCUAAUUAUACCAUUUUAAAGGGCAAUGAAAAUGGAAAUUUUAAAAUUGUAACAGAUCUCAAAACCAAUGAAGGAAUUCUGUGUGUGGUUAAGCCUCUGAAUUAUGAAGAAAGACAACAGGUGAACCUGCAAAUUGGUGUCGUUAAUGAAGCUCCGUAUUCGAAUGAGGCUAGCUCAAGAUCAGCUAUGAGCACGGCGACCAUUACUGUUAAUGUGCAAAAUCAGGAUGAGGGCCCCGAGUGUAGCCCUGUACUGCAGACUGUUCGAAUUAAAGAAAAUACACAGCUGAGAACACCGAGCAAUGGAUAUAAAGCAUAUGACCCAGAAGCAAGAAGCAGCAGAGGCAUAAAGUAUAGGAAAUUAAAUGAUCCAAAACAGUGGGUCACUGUUGAUGAAAACUCAGGAUCAAUCACAGUUAUCAAGAGCCUGGACAGAGAGGCAGAGAACAUCAGAAAUGGCAUAUAUAAUAUUACAGUGGUUGCAUCAGACGAAGAUGGGAGAUCAUGUACUGGGACACUGGGGAUUAUACUAGAAGAUGUGAACGACAAUGGUCCCUCCAUACCUAAACAGCAAGUGAUAAUCUGCAAACCUGUCACGUCGUCUGCGGAGAUUGUUGCCGUUGAUCCUGAUGAACCAAUAAACGGCCCACCCUUUCACUUCACUUUGGAGAGUACUUCUGAUUCAGACGUACAGAGAAGGUGGAUACUGACAGGAAUUAAUGAUACAGCAACACGCCUUUCCUAUCAGAAUGACCUUCCAUUUGGAACAUACACAGUACCUAUCAGAGUUGCAGAUAGACUUGGCCAGUCACAUAUUACUCCAUUAACCGUUAUUUUAUGUGACUGUAUUAUCGAAAAUGACUGCACCUCUCGCGUAAGUCCAAGGACUGGCAACGGAGAAGUAAAACUUGGAACAUGGGCCAUUCUUGCGAUAUUGUUGGGCAUAGCAUUGCUAUUUUGUAUCCUAUUUACCUUAGUCUGUGGGGCUUCUAGGGCAACCAAGCAACCAAAAGUAUUUCCUGAUGAUUUAGCCCAACAGAACCUCAUUGUGUCAAACACGGAAGCUCCUGGGGACGACAAAGUGUAUUCCACAAAUGGCUUUACAACACAUACCGUGGGCAGUUCGGCUCAGGGAAUUUGUGGCACCAUGGGAUCAGGAGUGAAAACUGGAAGGCAGGAGAACAUUGAGCUGGUGAAAGGACACCAGACCUUGGAAUUGGACCGGGGAGAUGGGCAGCGCACCCUGGAUUCCUGCAGGGGAGGACACGUGGAGGUGGACAACCGCCAAUACGCUUACACGGAGUGGCGUAAUUUCACUCAGUCCCAUCUUGGUGAAGAAUCCAUUAGAGGACAGACACUGACUAAAAAUUAAACAAUGAAAGAAGGUGCAGCUGUGUAACCAGGACGACAAUCAUAACCAUGCUCAAGACUACGUCCUUACGUAUAACUACGAAGGAAAAGGAUCGAUGGCCGGUUCCGUAGGUUGUUGCAGUGAACAACAAGAUGAAGACGGGCUUGAAUUUUUGGAUCAUUUGGAACCCAAAUUUAGGACACUAGCAGCAGCAUGCACAACAAGAUGAUUGUUUUCUUUUAAGUCUAUAAAAGCCAGUGGCUUUUUCAUCUCUUUUUUUUUUUAGUUCUCAGUUUUUAAAAAUAGAAGAUGCUUUGUUUGGGACUUUUCCCCCAUUAUUUUGAUGGGAUCUCCUUAGCCAAAUGCACAUUUACAGAGAGAUACUGUAAAUAAGUACACAAAUUUCACAAUUUUUCCAUAGUUUUUAAUUACUUGCCUUCCACCCAAGAGGACCUACAGAAAGAAAAAUUAAGGAAGUCUGCAUUAUUGUUUACAUUUGGGUAUAAUGACAACAGCCAAUUUACAGUGCAAUAAAGUGUAAUUAAUUCAAGUCUAUAUCAUAGAUUACUUGAAGUAUAACCUGAUAGCAAAUUGUAGAGACAUUGUUUUAACAUUAUCUUCAGUUAGCUAAUUAAUUAAUUGUUUGUAUGGUGCUUGAAAACUAUUGUUCCCCUAAACAUUAUAAAGUGUGUAUAUUGCAUUGUUAUUGUUUUAUUCUUAUAACAUGACCUUUCUUCAUAACACAAAGAGAGAGUCCAACCAGGCACUGACUGUUAUUACAAUUCCAUUUUGGUGGACUUUAGUUUCUAGGUUUUGUUCUGUGUAAAAUCCUGCGCUGAAUCCACAUUUCCUGUUACCUACCUUGUCAGUGAACUUUAAGUUUAAAAAAUGCUUUCAGAAUGUAUUUUUACACCUUCAAGGUUUUGGUCUUUCAUCUCUCUCUUUCUCUUCUCUCUAUUUUUAAAACUCCUAUUUGGGUUGGAGAAUCUAAAUAUUUUAAAAAGCUGUCUCUCCUCUCUUAUAAAGUGAGUUAUUCUGUUUCCAUUUUAUGUUUGUUUUUCUUAAAAUCAAUGUAAUGUUAACGUUAUUGUUUCAAAUAUCUUGGUUAUUGCCUUGUUAUCUCCUCAACAAAGAACCUUUAAUUUUGCCAUUGAAACUGUAAAAAUAUGUCAUUCUUUUAUUAGAGGCAACAGUCUAUGUUAACAAAAGCAAUAGGGUAAUUAAAAGUGGGAUAUGGGAUUUAGUAUAUAAUAGCAUAUUUACAGUUCAUAUCUGGAUAUGAUAUAUGCAAAGAUAUGAUGCAAGGAUAUGGUUUAUAAGUACAAAAUAGUGAUGGUUUUUGAAAUACAGAUCAUGAAAGCUCUCUAGGAAUAACUGUUUUAUAAAUUUUUAGAUGAAAUGGCUAGUCAUAUCUAUGUGUUUGUAAAGUUUAUUUAAUAUUUUAAAAUUACAGUUUUUAACAAAUGUAGAAAUGGGCCAAACUAUUUAAAUUUUGAAAUAAUGAGACAAAAUGAAACUUAAUAGCCAACCAAAUUCCAAGCUAGGUUUCACAGCUGAUUUCAGUCAAUGAAUUUUCUGUGUAUAUUAACCAUAUGGACAUUUCAAAUGUAUUUCUAAUAUUUAUGAUUGUUAAUAAUGUGCCUAUCUUGAAUUCACAAGGUUGACUUAUAACAAUUAUUCUUAAGGAUUAACAUUGGGUAAUUAUUCAAUAAUCUAUUUUUUCAGUUGUUUCAUUAAUGUUCAAAGAUCCUAUUUCUCAGUUAUUUUAAUAAACUAUGUACAAAAUUCUUAUAUAUUACUAGUUAUGAUAAAGCAAAUCAAGUAGUUUUAAAAAUUUAGUGUGAGUUUGUUAAUCAUAUGUCAGAUAUGAGCUUAUGAGAUUGUAUUUGUCUUAGAGAAGUGAGCCUCUUUUUUAGAAUCCUGUUCUACAUCUUUUAGAAUUUUAGAGUCUGCUUUGGAAAGAUCACUGGUCCAUUGUUAUAACCACAUUUAUGUAACUUGACUAUUCGAAGACUGUGAUGCUAUGGGAUAUUGGUUAAACUGCAUAAUUUCUCUGCU